AUGAGUUCUGACGAAGAAGAUUUCAACGACAUCUACGGCGACGAUAAGCCAACCACCACUGACGAAGUGAAGAAAGAUGAAGAACCAAAGAAAACUGACAGCGGCACUUCUCAACUAGAUCAACUAGCCGCCUUACAAGCAUUAUCUUCUAGCUUGAACAAACUAAAUAACCCAAAUAGUAACAACAGUAGUAGUAAUAAUAAUAGUAACGAAAGUUCAUCUUCUAGUAAGCAAGAUGGCACUGCAAAUGACAAAAAAGAAGGUUCCAAUGAAGAGACUAAGAAUGAGAAACCACUAGAAAACACUGCUUCAAACGCCAAUGCAAACGUUGGUUCUGCGGGACCUUCUGGCUUACCUUGGGAACAGCUUCAACAGACAAUGUCACAAUUCCAGCAACCAUCUUCUCAAUCACCACCCACUCAGCAACAAAUGACCCAGACUAAGGAAGAACGUUUGAAAGCUGAUUUGUCCAAAGAAAGUUGUAAGAUGUUUAUUGGUGGUUUGAACUGGGAUACUACCGAGGAUAAUCUUCGUGAAUAUUUUGGUAAAUAUGGUACCGUCACGGAUUUGAAAAUCAUGAAGGAUCCUGCCACUGGUAGGUCCAGAGGGUUUGGUUUCUUAUCUUUUGAAAAACCUUCCAGUGUCGAUGAAGUGGUCAAGACACAACAUAUCCUUGAUGGUAAAGUCAUCGACCCUAAGAGAGCCAUCCCAAGAGAUGAACAAGACAAAACUGGUAAAAUCUUUGUCGGUGGUAUUGGUCCAGAUGUCAGACCAAAGGAAUUUGAAGAGUUUUUCUCUCAAUGGGGUACAAUUAUUGAUGCCCAAUUAAUGUUAGAUAAGGACACCGGUCAAUCAAGAGGGUUUGGGUUUGUCACCUACGACUCUGCUGAUGCCGUUGAUAGAGUUUGCCAAAAUAAAUUUAUCGAUUUCAAAGAUCGUAAGAUUGAGAUUAAAAGGGCUGAACCAAGACAUAUGCAACAAAAAUCAUCAAAUGGUGGCAACAACAACGCAGGCGGUAACAACAGCGGCAACAGCGGCAACAUGAACCGUCGUGGCGGUAAUUUCGGUAAUCAAGGCGAUUUCAACCAAAUGUACCAAAACCCAAUGAUGGGGGGUUACAAUCCAAUGAUGAAUCCACAAGCAAUGACCGAUUACUAUCAGAAGAUGCAAGAAUACUACCAGCAAAUGCAGAAACAAACUGGUAUGGACUACUCUCAAAUGUACCAACAACAAAUGCAACAAAUGGCAAUGAUGAUGCCAGGGUUUGCCAUGCCACCAAAUGCAAUGACUUUGAAUCAACCACAACAAGAUUCAGGCAACGCUCAAGGUUCCCCAACGCCUUCAGAUUCUGACAAUAACAAGUCCAAUGACGUGCAAACUAUUGGUAAUACAUCAAAUACAGACUCAGGCUCUCCACCUUUGAAUCUACCUAACGGUCCAAAGGGCCCAUCCUCACAAUAUAAUGACGAUCACAACAACGGCUAUGGCUACAACCGCGAUCGCGGCGACCGUGACCGUGGUGACCGUGGUGACCGUGGUGAUCGCGGCGACCGUGACCGUGAUUACAAUCAUCGUAGUGGUGGAAACCACAGAAGAAACGGCCGUGGUGGUCGCGGUGGUGGAUAUAAUAGACGUAAUAACGGGUACCAUCCAUACAACAGGUAA